AUGGUUGAAGGACGAAAGGAAUCAGAAAACCAGAAAUUCCUGGUCGACAGAGGUUAUAUGGUGGAGCCGGUCUAUGAAGCCCACCAAUUACAGACGAUGCACUCCAAUUUGCUACUGAAUUCCGAUACUGCAGCUGUCGCUACGUCGUCCUCCGCCACCCCCACUGCCGCUGCUGCCGAAAAUCAAGUUAUUCCUCAAAUUGCAGAGAUGGAAGGUUCUGGAUUUGACCUGGAAAACAAUGAAGCUGUCUGUGGAGAUAGUGAUGAAGAAGGAGUUGCACUCGUUCGUUCUGGUGGAGAGGUUGUUGAUGUUAACGAGGGACCAUUUGAAGCUCACAUUCUUGAGCUAGAGAAGAAAUUGUUGGAGCAGAUCGUGUACAGUGAAGAAGAAGCAUACAUGCUGUACUGUGAUUAUGCACAGGCCAUGGGUUUUAACGUCCGGAGGGGGAAACAAUAUUAUUUCUUGGGAACCAAAAGGGUGAGAUCAAAGACUUACUGCUGCUCGAAGGAAGGGGCUAAGGACGAAAGAUCAGAUACCAAUGGCGUCAGUUACAAGAAGCCAGAGACGAGGACGGGAUGCCGAGCAAUGAUAUCUUUCGCAUGCGAUGAUAGCAGUCAGUGGAAAGUAUCAAAAUUUGUGAAGGAGCAUAAUCAUGAAAUGGCCCCACCACAUGCAAAGCCCGUGGUGAAAUCUGGCCAAGCUAUUUUGGCUGCAAAUGUUUAUGGAAAUGGAAAUGCUCUAGAGUCUAUGAACGAACAUGAAAAAAUCCGGGAGUUAUCGUUACAGCUGGCAAUUGCAAAAAACAGAGCCGAUACUUUCGAAAGACAAGCUGCUACAUACAAGAGACAACUGCAUAUGGUUGUGAGCCACAUCGAAGAGCACAAUCAGUCGUUAUCCAACAAAAUUCAAAAGGUUUUGAACAAUGUGUCUGAGCUGGAGUCCAAAGACGGAAGGAAGUUGUAG